ACGACGUUCAGUUGACGGUCUACAUUCGUUCGGGAAGUAUCGUCGCUGUGGUUACGGUAGUGGCUGUUAGUGCGUGGAUCCAGAGGAAGAAGAGCGAGAGAGGACCUAAUAGUUGAAUUAAUUUGGUGUUAAACGCUUUUCAAUCGCAUUUAAGCGGUUGUUAGAAUAUACACUAACAAAAGACGUAUCUUUGCAUAGAUAUCGCUUGUUUUCGGUUUAAAAAUAAAAUGCAUAAACGUACGAUGGACUUAACUCUGGCGUUAAGUGCUUUGUUGGCACUUUCUUCCUUCGCAGCUGCACAAAAAGAAGAUUUCCAAUGCCCCUCCACUAUUGCGAACGGAAAUUAUGCUGAUCCAGUCACUUGUCGGCGAUUCUAUCAGUGCGUCGAUGGUUUCCCUUACUUGAAUCGCUGUCCGUCCGGCCUGUACUUUGAUGAUCAACAAAAGUUCUGCACCUUCAAGGAUGAAGCCAAAUGUGGGCCACUCCCAACAACACCAACACCAGCAACAGAUGCCCCGGCUGAUAUAGCGCAGCGUUGCAACACCGAAGAGUGUCAAUUGCCAUAUUGCUUCUGCUCAAAGGAUGGCACACAAAUUCCGGGCGGUUUGGAUGCGGAAAAGAUUCCACAAAUUAUCCUGCUAACUUUCGAUGGUGCUGUAAACUUGAAUAAUUACGAUCAUUAUUUGAAAAUCUUCAACGGCAAGCGCACGAAUCCAAAUGGCUGUGCAAUUCGUGGUACUUUCUUCAUGUCGCAUGAGUACAGCAAUUACCAACAAAUUCAACAUCUCGGCUAUGCUGGACACGAGUUCGCCACCGAGAGUAUUUCACAACAACAAGGACUGCAAGACAAAGGCUACGAGGAAUGGGUUGGUGAAAUGAUUGGCAUGCGUGAAAUACUCAAGCGCUUCGCCAACGUGUCCGUCAACGAUGUGGUCGGUAUGCGUGCGCCAUUCUUGAAGCCCGGACGCAACACACAAUAUAAGGUUAUCGAAGACUUCGGCUACAUCUAUGACAGUUCGAUCACGGUGCCACCGGUUAACGUACCCAUCUGGCCGUACACGCUCGACUUUAAAAUCUCGCAUGAAUGCAAGAGCGGCACGUGCCCGUCGAAGAGCUUCCCUGGCGUGUGGGAGGUGCCACUCAACACUCACUAUGUCGAAGGUUAUGAGGGCGGUCACUGUCCCUAUCUGGAUCAAUGUGUGCUUCACAAUUUGGACGAGGAUGAGGUGUUCGCUUGGCUGCAAGAGGAUUUCACACGUUACUAUGAACAGAAUAAGGCGCCCUACAUGAUGCCAUUCCACACCAAUUGGUUCCAAACAAAACCGCUCGAAAAUGGCCUGCAUAAAUUCCUUGAUUGGACACUUGAACUUCCCGACGUCUACAUACUCACCAUCACCCAAAUGCUGCAAUACAUGACCGAUCCCAAAGAGUUGCGUGACGUCAACACCAUCGAAUCGUGGAAGUGCGACAAGAGUGUUGCUGUUGCACCGAAACCAUGCAACAUCUGGAAUACCUGCGCGCUACCCUUCAAGAUACCCGAACAGAAUGUGACGGACACACGCUACAUGGAGACUUGUCGCGAAUGCCCCAAUGUCUAUCCAUGGUUGGGUGAUGCUGGCGGCACUGGCAUUUCGGGACGUGACAAUUACAUUUUCUCUGGGCCAGCGAGCGGCGGCGAGGACGGCGAUGAGGCUGGCGCUGAGGAGGAGAAGUAGAAGCGCAAUGAAGGGUAACUACUGUAGCAGUGCGACGUAAAGUUGUAAAGGUGCGCUAAGCUAGUGUAAGCUGUUAGCUAAAAAGUUUCAAGGGUCAGGUGACAAGUGUCAACUGACAGCUGCUGUCAACUGUCAACUGCCAACUAAGUGUGAAGUGUUUUGUGUUUACAUUUUCAGUUUUACGCUCGGUUUUUGUUAUCUCCUACUGUCAACUUACAUAUAUUUAAUUCAAGUUUAAUUCUCUUUUUUUUUAGUUUGUUUGGGAGCCAUUUAUAAAAUGUGCCAAUUAAUGUUUACAAUUUUGCUUUUCUUUAUCAAUUGUACAGCUACAGAGUCGUUAACCUUUUUUUUGUGUUCCCUGUGGAAUUGUUAAUUAUUUUUGCUCAAAUGGUUUCCAUUUUUUUUUUACUGCAUUUUCAAAAUACUCACAGUUCUUCUAGCUGUUUUAGUGUUUAAGCCAUGAAAUCGUGUCAAUCGUAGACGUUAAGCAAAUACAAAUAAAAUUGAUUUUUUAUGAAGUGAAAA